AUGAGUGUCCAGAUGGGCAGACGACUGUCUACGGGUAACAGGAGGUCCCUAACGGGUUUGUCCGGAGCCAGUCCAAAAAAGUCAGGCUCAGACUCGAAUGGAUCCGUUGGUCCUCUCCGUCUUUACGACGACGAGGGAAAUGACAUCACACCCCUGCCAAUGAUCAUCGAUGAUCGGAGAAGAAAAGAACAGGAGAAGGAGAAUGUAGGCUCCUUUUUAAUCACCAUUUUAACCAUAACUUCAUGCUUUUUAAUAAGAGUCGUGUUCUUUUUUUCCAAACUGUUUAUAUCAUCACAAGAUAAAUCUAGUCAAGUUCCUGCGUCGUGUGUGAGAAUAAUGAAGUAAGACAAUUGCAGCUUAAGUCUACUUUACUGCGCAGGUUUCAGAUGGGCUAACAUCGCGGGACAGUGGUGGAACGCAUUGCAUGCCUCGGUCGAAUUAUCUGUUUAUACGGUAAAACGCUGUUGUCUGCUAUAUGGAAAGGUAACGCUUCAGGGAUGGCCAAAGAGCCAAUAACAAUGAGUUUUGUAUAGGAAGAAUAGAUGCGUAUGUGUUAGGUGAAGUUAAUGGAUAAGGAGCUUGUUGCUCCGAUGAUUACGGUUGCGAUUUUCUAUUCUCCUUUAAAAAUCCACCCAGAUAUUUAGUAGUAUUUUCACAUAACUGUCAGUCUAUUUUUGAGGGACUCAUUUACAAUGUGUCCCGAAAUUUUUAAAGCGCAAGAAAAUUCUUAUGUACAAGUGAAGUAUAACCUACAGGGAGUAUGAUUUCUGGCCCACCCAUAAUGCCUAGGUCACUACUCUGCCCUACAAGGAGCAUGAACCGUGGAGGGAGUUAUAAUGCAGACAUCCGAACUACUCACAUAAAAUUAGUAGCAACUAGUAGGCAUUUAAGACACAGAGCCAGAAAUACUGUUGAGAUGGCACCACAGUAAUGAUGUAAAUAUCAUAUGGUCUGGCUUUAAUCCAUGCGCAGUCAUAAUGACUUUUCUAGGAGGACAGCCCCAACCACUCGUCUGGAUGUCAUUCAUGACAGAUAAUCCCUUAAGCCAAACAUGAUUGACUUCAUAGAGGGUUUUUGCGAGCCUCCAUCAAACGUUAGACAUUUUAUUUGUUCGUCAAGAGACCUAUAACAGGCUUUGCCAUCCCCAAGUAGCCUUGUUUGGCGAUCGAAAUUUUUGAAGUAAUCAACUUCCGCAGUAUUAAAAGCACCUCAGGUUAUGUAAGUUGGGUUGUUUUACGCGAGUAUAAGUCGGCAAAACGGGCAGUUCAUGCUGGAAAGACCGACGGACCAGCUGUUGACGGUUGUACGUUAGGGAAACUGUGACCGUUUACGACCCCCAUUCACCGUAUUAAUCACUUUUUCCUUCCAUCCAGAACUCCCUCCUCACUCUCUAGUGCUCAUUGUCGAGCAAUCAGUAGAAAUAGUAAACCGAAAUCUUCAGAUCAACGGUCUAGUUAGUGGGCCUUAAAAUUUGGUCUUGCGAAGGAAAUAAAAAGACAAGAUGGUAAUGUCGAUCGUGUUCUCACAUGAGAUCGAAAUGGUAUUUCUGUACCAUGGGCUUUUCUUGCCCUCUGCGGAUUCGACGCCUGGAGUGAUCGAAGAAUCAAGUCAUUUGUGAUAUGAGAAAGUUAUCGGCAGAAACUACGGGAAUUCGUCUAUUUAGCGACCGGUCCAUAUUACAGUGGCCACCAAUAAGAAGCAUUUAAAGUAGCUUGUUCAUCAAUCGCUUACUCUUGAUUUUUUUGUCAUUUACUGAUGCAUAUUUCGUCCUAAGUUGUCUGGUUAAUAUUAAAAUCUCCCAAACAAGACCCUGGAUCCAUCAGUGCUGCAAGCCUCCUCGAUCCCGCAUCAUGGGACUGCAUUUUCGCGUUCUGCAGUCAGCAUCUCAAACCCCUUUAUGGACUCAACCACCGACACAAGCGAGGAAACCUCCAAGAAGAAGGAAAGUACAUUUGCAGGUUCGUGUCUUCAAGGUUGUCGGACAUCUUUCUCUCACCCAAAGGGUCUUUUUACGCUUCUAUCACCCAGGGCAUCCCGUAUCAUAUAGACAUGCCGGAUAAAACUGGAAACUCGGAAUUGUUUUUCCAAGUAAUGCGCACUUUAGGGAACCGGCAAAUACUUUCCCGCUAGCAGUGGGUUAAUUAACUGCCUCCUACUCAUCAUGCUGACUCGCGGGAAACUUUGUCUUACCACUUAGAAGCACGAAAAGGUUUAGUAGCCAUUUCUUAUGUGAUCAACUGACAGAUAGGAAGGAUUGUGGCAUCUGAGCAAUGUUUUUAUCCAAAGUGCUACAAUCAUCAGGCCGAAUCCUGACAAGGCUCAGAAACGCGGUCGUACUGUGGAAAUGCGGAAGCCGAGGCUCACCCAAUACGGUAAGCGUGGUAAAAGGGGCCUUUUCUGGUGGGGCUGUGGGAAAAGAGUGAAGAAUGUGUGAAAACCAAGGGAAAACUUAGGUAUGCUAGUUUGUGUUAAGGAGUAUUAAAUCUUAGCUCAAACAUCGAGCAAUGCAAAUAUUCACCGCAGGCAACCAGUAAAACCAAUUCCGCGAAGAGCGGAGGUUAUUGGACCGUCAAGGCCAUUGAAACUGAACCGCCUUGACUCUAACCGUAAGCACUAACACUAAACCCUAAACCUUAGCCCUAACCCUAAAACCUAACUCUAAUCCUAGGCCUUAGCCCUGACGCCUAACCCCAAACCGUAAAACCUAGCCUAAAAUCCGAGCCCCAACGUAAUUGUGAUCAACAAUCGUAGCAGUCCGCGAAACGCCUCAAAUUUAAGGUCUCCGGAAGUAGUACUACUGCUGCUGAAAUCAAUAACAGUGCGAAAUUGAUAAGUGUUGACCGCCUACUGAAAUCGAUAAUAGUAGAUAAGUGAUAAUUUGUUGACAAGCAGGACAGCGUUUCUGAGCCCCACCCAGUCGUAGGAGAGCACAAAGGUCACCAGGACGAGUUCAUUGCAUACAAAACCCUGAGUUGUCUUCGCUGGCAGCAAUGGCCCCUGACGAGGCCAAGGAAUGUGCUGACUCUGUCCAGCCAUACCGGAGAGAGCUUGGGAUAAGUGGUGGCAGCUGCUUUUGUAGGUUCGUGGUGAACAAGUUGAAGAAGUGUUGUCUAAUUAGCGUGUUGCAUUUGCCAGAGGUGAUUUGUCUGAUGGCCUAUGUUGCAUCGACAGGGUGUGGUGGUAGGCCUAUGCGCGGGUCCGGCCGCGCUAGCCACAUUCGCCCUCUCCCGCCUCCGGUCUCUCUGAAUAUGUCUUGACACGAGGCCUAGGUGGGUGGGGAGGAGGAGACAGUGCGGUAGAUGCUACGCAAGUCAACCCCCCCUAGACUAAUUCACGCAUGCAAAUAACAUGCGACAGAAUAUUCCUUAUCUUAGUCGACAUGACGUGAAUUCGGAGUCACUGGCGAUCCCGUUGACUGAUGACUGGCUGUCUCGAGUUAGAGCCGGGUGCGGGGGUAACAACUCGACCGAUAUGGGAAAAUAAGUCAGAAAUGGUCACUCCAGUGUCCAUGUAUUUGUCGGCACAACUGCUCGACUUGAAGUGGAUGUAAAUGUCGGAUGGGUUUUACUCCAGGGAUGGCAUUGUACAGUGUCGCUUUGAAACAAAACUCUUGAAAUCUCGUGUGACUGAUGCAGGCUGGGAAUCUUCUUAUUUCUCGUCCGCUUACUGUCAUCAGAAUCCGAAUUCCGGUUGGGCACUGGAAUAUGGAUUUCUCAUAUUAAGUGUGUGGGAGGGUUGGACUUAUGAGGGUUAUUGUUAGGGUUACGGCUAGGUUUAGGGUUGAUGUUUGCACACGGAAAUAGGUAUCCCCCCUGGAAUUUGGCACGAGGCCACCUGUAGUAUGGAGGGAGAUCCAUAUUCCCCUGUACGAAUCAAAUUUCUUCCCAUUUCGCCUUACCUCACCAAAAACCACUAGGGGCGAGAGGAGUAAAUGACUUGAGCCUAUGAGCCCCAUUGCUUGGAAAAACGGCGUAGUAACUGUUUUCAUUUGAUGUUAUUAAGUGCAUUCAAACUGUCUCAGGCCUGCAUAGGUUCAUCAACGCUGACAUUUUUGUUAUUAGUGAUCUCAUGAAGACCUUUCUCCCCUUUUUCAAAGAAGACGUAUUUUCUCUCCAUAACAGAUCACCAAUCGAAAGCAGACUUGUGUAAAAGCAUACCCCAGAUUUUCAAAAACUAUACGAGCCUACUUACGUCUUAAAUCCAGUCAUCAUGAAGAAGGAGACACGAUCGCCGGGACAAGAGCUCUUGUCCCGGCGAUCGUGUCUCCUUCUUCAAGACUACUUCCUGGGCCUCGGCUCUUCGCUUCUAUUGGCAAUCCAGUCAUCAGUCAUUCGUGAGAGACUAGAGGAUGGCGUUUCUUCUUAAGCGGAGAACAUUCUUACUACAAUAUUAAGUGAGAUUGAAAGCCGGUUGGGGGUGGUAGCUUGGGUUCAUCUGUCUGAACUUUUGACUUAAUGAGAAAUUUUACCGCCAGAAAUAAGGGAACAGUGACACAAGGCCUGACAGUUAAGCUAGAUUGCAAGCUUGGAGAUUGCUGCAAACAGCAGCGUAUGCGGGAGGCAGAGCAGUAGGCGAUAGAUCGGACCCUCAAACACUCCAGUGCGCAGCCACCUCUAGACUCGCAAGAAUGAUCAUUGGCUGGUUUUAAAGUCUCACAAACGCCUCUCGUUUUCGCAUCCCUGACAAUGAACUUCUUCACGGGCUGCAUGCUACCGCAUGGGUUCGAGCGCAUUCUAUAAAUACUGCAGCCCCUUGUGCAUGAACCACCCGUAUCUGCUGUUGCCUCUGAUGAUGGGUUCGAGCAGGAAUACGAAGUGUCAGGCGAAUAAAGCUCUUGUUCCAGCGAUCGUGUCUCCUUCCACACUACUGCUUCCCGGGACUCGUCUCUUCGCUUCUAUUGGCAAGAUAGCUGCGUUUCCACAUAUAUAGGCGUCCACUAAUGUAAUUAGUCUUCCGGAACAAAUACGUUCCGAAGUUUUGGAAUAUGAGUCAUGAGAUGGCGCUCAGGGAUCAGGCUGUAUUGUGCCUAAGUGUGGAGCCACCGGGGUAAACAAGUAAGGAGGGGAGAGACGGGACGGUCGUAGUUGUGAACUUUUUGUACCCUCUUCAGCCAGUCACACCUCAAGCUGCGUCCGGAAGCGCGUAAAUAGUCCAGAGAUGGGUCCAGACCGAUGGAUCACUAAACUAUCAGCUUUUUAGGGAAGAUCAAAUCAGUUCAUUUUGGAAAAGGUGUAAGGGAAGAUCUCCCGAAAAUCAUUUGCCAGUAAAGACCCCCGAAUAACAUGCAUGAGUAUCCUGUAAUUGGGAUUAGUAAUCAUCUUUGCAAAUUAUGAAAUAAAUGAGUAGUCGGAGUUUCAACUUUGCUCUCGAAUCAAUUAGGCACUGUUCUAGGAUGCAGAUUUAAGACCGAGUUCUUGCAAAAGUGAACGAGUAAUGCCUUUUCUCUUCCAAGAUCGAAUUUUUGACCACAGUCAUCCUUUCUUCCCCGAACCCCACCAUUCACUCCUAUUUGUAGGCUUUAAGCCUAAGGCGAAUGAACUGGAGGAGGUGCUGGACAAGGCGGCGCUGGAUAAGCACGUCAACAUUCUGGUGACUGAGACUGAAACCUUUUGGCUUUUCGACCAGCCGCCGUGCGUGAUGUCGACGGAUAAUGAGCUUGUGGCCUACCAAAAUAAACGGAAUGCGGCCUACAGGGCUGUGAGUUGAGAGUUAUUUCCAUCUGUCUAUUUCCCCGCACUGUUGCAACACGCAGACACUCGUACGAGAUUAGGGGCAGUGAAGGAGUCCUUGAGAAAACAAAGAAAACGAAGUGACCCUAGCGUGCUGAAGUCGUCGACCGAACAUCUCGGCUUCAAGGCCUCGUUUGCCGAUGUCAGUGCGACCUAGACGGAAACUCGUGUAGCUAUUCUUCACUGCGAGAAUGGGCAAGCACUGCGUUGGAAUGAGCCAUAGAACUCAUUCAGACUGCCGUAAUCGAGGUCCUUAGGGUCGGUAAUGCAAGUCAGACUGGCCAUACAACUAUAAUGUAUUGAUGUAUGCUUCACCCGAGCGUUAUUCCACGCUGACGGUACUGCUGCUACUGAUGAUGAUGAUGAUGAUGGUGGUGGUGGUGGUGGUGAUGAUGAUGAUGAUGAUGAUGAUGAUGAUGAUGAUGAUGAUGAUGAUGAUGACGAUGAUGAUGAUGAUGAUGAUGAUGAUGAUGAUGAUGAUGAUGAUGAUGAUGAUGAUGAUGAUGAUGAUGAUGAUGAUGAUGAUGAUGAUGAUGAUGAUGAUGAUGAUGAUGAUGAUGAUGAUGAUGAUGAUGAUGAUGAUGAUGAUGAUGAUGAUGGCUAA